AUGUUCAACACCAAGUCAACACUCGUUCUCAUGAUGGCAACAAUAAUGCUGUUGUUCUUCGCUACAACCAUCAUGGCUCAAAACAUUGAUCAACUCUUUCCAGAAGUGGCAUCUUUGAAGGAGGAAGAUGAAAUGGAUCUUCGCGGAAUGAAAUACAAUGAAACACAGCCGCCAGUAACCAACCCAAAGGAAUUUACUGGUUUUAGAAUUGGAUUGAUCGCCUCUCACUGUUUCGAGGAGUGUGAAUUGACGUUCCCAUACAUCUACUUUGCAAGACGUAACGCCACCGUUGACAUUAUUGGACCAUGGUGGACAAAGGACUCUAAAAUUGUUGCAUGCGAAUUCGUUCGUGCCACCAGAUGGGCCCGUAGAAAUUACGACUUUAAACAAGCUCUCAACAACAAGUAUGAUGCUUUGAUUGUCGUGGGCGGCGUUUGGUCUAGCACUGUGGUUCGUAACGACGGUGAUGCUAUUGCUCUAAUUCAAAAUCAAGUUCGUUCUGGAAGAUUACUCGCUACUGUUUGCUCUGGUAGUACUGUAUUAAUUAAUGCCAAAUUAAUUGCUCGUGGAAUGAAAUUAACAGGCUCUCCAUCCAUUCGAAUUGAUUUGGAAAAUGCUGGAGGCACUUAUUUGGAUGUUCCUGUCGUGAGGUCAAGUGAAAAUAUUAUUACUGGCCGUUCACCUGGUGGUCAAGACAAUCUAUUAUUCACUGAAGAAAUUGCUAACUAUUUGAGAAGUGAAAAGAAGGUGAAAAAGUUCAUUAAGGAUGUGAAGAGUCUUUUGAACAAGCAACAUUAA